AUGCUUACAGAGGGACGUUCAGAACCGGUGCCAGAGCCAGAUCUUUCAUGUCGCAUCCACUCCGUUUGUUUCACGCCUUCGAAUGCGGAAAAUCCAGGGGAGCUGUCGGUCCUCAAAAAGAUCAAGAGACUCAGCGCCAGUCUACAACCAGCGACACUAAGCAAGUCGGAAGAUGGCUAUCUCCAUUUUGGCCAGCGGGUGAUGAUCGUCAAUGAGCGGACGGGAGGGUUCCUGUGUGCGGACGUCGGUGAUAAGACGGAGAAGACAACUGGAGUCUCCUUUGCGUGUGCCACAGGACCUAGCUACGACUCCUGCGUUAGAAAUGUGUUUCAUCUCUGUCGGCCUAUCAAUGACGACAGUUUCGGAUCCGACACAGUCAUUCACUUUGGCCAGCCUGUUACCGUAAAGGUGGAUGCCUCGCUUUCACAACUCUGUCCUGUCAAGCAUGGAAACCAAGACAGGUACCUGCACAGCGAAAUACGAUCUCCCAUAUCGUUCGCCAAGUUUUCAAAUUACCAGCAAGUCCUGUUUUGUCCAACAACGUCCGCUAAUACUGUCUGGAAGAUUUUCCACGUCGAUCCUCGUGUUCGCUUCGAGACCGAAGGAUGUCCAGUGCCAGCAAAUACACCAAUUGUAAUCAAGCACGCACAGACAGACCAGAUGCUAGCUUCAUCCCCAAAAGUCAACUAUCGCAAUGACUAUGGCGUUGAAUACGAGGUUCACUGCAAAUCCUACCUUGCGACGAACAAAACCCAAAAUCUGAUUGCUGAGGCAUGCGGAAGAACAACUUCGGACAUAGACCUAAGACAACAGGAAACGGAGAAUAACUGGAUGAUUAUCACGGCCGACACCCACAGCGAGUCCCAAGCUUCUUCUACAACCGAAUCCUGA